AUUCCGAACCGGCGUACGGAUCGUACGCUGUUAUUUCAUAUUUUUCCCCUGGAAUUUCUCAACAGAAUUACUCAAAUUUCACAUUGUUUACUGCUACAUUGUUUGUACAGUUUAAAAUAUUAUUGUUUAAUUUUAUUUUGAGAUUUUAUUAGCUAAAUACUACAAUAAUAAAACCAAUACAAAGCCAAGCAUAAUUUAUAACAUUCUGUGUAUAAAAACCAUUAUAUACGUUAAAUUGGAUUGUACAAUAUUGAAAAGAGUUUAUUUGAUUGAGUCUAGACAACUUUGGCGGUAAACAAUACUAUGGGCAAACACAGUUGGUGAAUUGGCGGGAAAAUUGGCGGCCAUUUUGAAUUCGGAUCAUGGCCGAAUUGUCUGAUGAAAACAGUGGCAAUGCUGAAAACGAAAAAAGCGAGGAAAUAAAUUAUAAACGUAUAGUGGACACCAGAGACCUGAUAGCCAUGGUCAAGCGGUAUAGAUGUCUCUGGGAUCGCAGGCACGCCGACUAUAAGAACAAACAUUUGAAGACAAAAGCUUGGAAGGAGAUAUACAGGGAAAUAGAACCUACCUACGACUCAUUAAGUCCAACUGUAAGAUACCAAAUGGGUCUCACGAUUACAAAAAAAUGGAACAACGUCAGGGAUUCGUUUGUAAAAUACAGAAAAUCCGCCAGAUCUCCAAAGCCCUAUAUAUACUCGAACGAAAUGACUUUCUUAGAUGUAAUUCUGAAUACCGAUGAACAAAAAGAAAGUAACACAGGAGUCGAUAGUGAAGAAGGUGAUAAUUGGAUGGGAGAAGUAUUUAUAGAUGUUGACGAGAGUACAGAAGAAGUAGCCAGCAAGCGACCGAAGUAUGAUGUGUUAAAUGUGACAAAGGAGGAAUCCGCAGUUUGUGAGGAUCAUCUAAGAGAUGAUCCCAAUAUUGUUACCUUUCUUGCAAAUCUGAUACAGAAGGAAGAAGACGAGGACAGAGCUUUCUUCAAGUCUAUAACUCCAGCUGUGAAAACAUUGUCAGAAGAAGCAAAAUUAGAGUUUAGAUUAAUGGUAAUGAAAAUAUUGAAAAGUUUAAAAAAGAGGGAGAAGCAGAAAAUUAAAAGAGAGCCGUCUGUACUGAAUAGUGAUAGUGAGUGAUAUUGUUAAUAAAUUCUUUGUUCUUCUUCCUUCAGUUUUCUUUCUCCAUUCUCCGGUCUCCGGUCUCCGUUUUCCGUUCUACGUUCUCCGUUCUCCAUUUUACGUUCUCUGGUCUCCGGUCUCCGUUCUCAAUUCUCGGUUCUCCGUUCUCCGUUCUUCAUUCUCUAUUGAACACAAAAAGGCGAGCUUGUCUCUAAAAGAGAUUUCUUCCAACAAACCCAAUAUGAGAUAAACUGACAGUUUAUUAAUAGUAAAUGUGUAUUAAUCAAUUGACUUAAAUGUUAUAGUUAAAAAUAAAUAGAUGAAAUAUACAAUUAAAAACAUCUAUAGGUAUAAAUUUAUUUUAAUUUUAUAAUUUUAUUCCUGUACAAUGUUUA